AUGUUUGCACAGUUUUCGUCAAUUGACCAGAAGAUGGCCGAACCCCUUAAUGAGAUACUGGAAUGCUGGCGUUUCUGGACGAGAGAUUAUUGGUCGCUCUUCACAGAUGACGCCCGCUCAACAAGCUCCUGGCGUGAGCAAAAUCACAUUCUCAUUCGGCACCUUUACGCACACUAUGAUCGCCUCAGUUUAUAUAGCUGGGGCCCUUCUCAGGCCUGGCUUGUCGCUUGGGCUAUCAGCCAUGCGGACACACCCCUUCAGGAAUUCUUGAGCUGGUCCCUCCAUUCACUCGUACCUAAUGAGGUCGACGUGACCAUCCAAACAUUUGCAGAACACCUCGAGCUUUGGGCCGAUCUGUUCGAGAGCCGCAAAAUUCAUCUCUUCAGAGUCGCUGUUGCCGACGAUGAUUCAAGUUUCCUAUACAACCAACACGCCGUGGGCUCUCCCUGGAUAGCCCACUUCCUAAUUUCCAAGCCUGAGUACUGGCAGUACACUUGCCAGAUGUGGGAAAAGCUCUGUAGACAACGCCUGGAAAGCCUGAACGCGGCAUGUACCCCAUGCUUACGCCAACCUCUCUGUACCUGCGCCCAUCCAGCAGCGAAUUACCAGGUCACGGGGCCUGAAAUCCUCAGAGACCAUCUGGACAGCCGUGAGAAAGCAACCACUGCAUCAGAGGCUUUGGACUAUAUACUCAGUUGCUAUGAGAAGCAGAGGAACAACAACAAGACGAAUGACAAUAAUGAUUUUCCAAACUUGAAAACUCGGGAACAUAAGAAAAAGAAGUCCAAGAAUGGCAAGGUAUCGCCAGCCGUUGUGGAGCCAGGGCGUUUUCGUAGUCAUAUGGCGAAGUUCCAAACUGGCAAGAUCUCGCCAGUCGUUGUGAAGCCGGGCCGGUUUCUUAACCAUAUGGCGAAGUUCCAAACUGGCAAGAAAAUCCCAUUCUCGAAGAAGAAGAGAUCGCGGUGA